CCUGCACUUUCAUCUCCAGCCUUAUUUAGGAAAAUCUGCUCCCACUGAUGUAAAUGUCCAUGAAACUGAACAGUUUUCCCACAGACUUUGCAUUCUGCAUCCCACUUGGGCAUUAUUUUACCACUUGUAGCCAGACAGAUGUCACGAUGAGAGUUUUUCAUCCAUCAGGGAGAGCUUUAAGCAGAGUGCUGCUACGGCUACUGCUGUGUAAGGCAGGGAGAUGGAGUGCGUGUAAGGGAGGGGCUAUGGACCAGAGGCACAGGGAACAAGCCACACACGUAGGUUAUCCCUGGGAAUGAAUAGGGAGAAGCUUUGGAAGAGAGAGUCAAGCAUGCAAAAACCAUAGAUGCCUAGAAAUAUUUCUUUUUCAUGAGAUGAUUUUCAUGAGAGUUGAAAAAUACAGAAGCUUGCUGAGUUCACCUAGAGCUCAAGAGAGAUAUCCUGAGCACUUCAACUAGCAGACACAUAGAGGAACGUUGCUUCAUCUGCAUCCUUCACUUCUUCAAAGCUGCCGGGAGCAGUAUUUGCUAGGUCUUAUUCUCAUAAAUGGUGAUGGAAUCUCCAGUACACAUUUUUCGAGAGGAAGAAAAGGUUAUCUCAGACAGAGCUCCAGUGGGCCCGACAUGCGCUUCCAACUGUGCACCUGCCUGUCCUUCCACUUGCUUUCCCAACACAAGCUGGCUGCUAGGCUGGGAUGAUCAUGAAAAUGUCAGUGUGUACCCUGAUCUACCACUAAAUGAAGGCAAUCACACCAGUAUCUCACCAACAAUUUCAGUAAUAAUAACUGCAGUCUACUCCAUGGUUUUUGUGGUUGGUUUAGUGGGAAAUGCCUUAGUGAUGUUUGUAAUAAUCAGGUAUACCAAAAUGAAGACUGCUACCAACAUUUAUAUUUUUAACCUGGCACUAGCCGAUGCCCUAGUUACCACUACAAUGCCCUUUCAAAGUACUUCGUUCUUAAUGAAUUCUUGGCCAUUUGGAGAUGUGCUCUGUAAAAUUGUGGUUUCCAUUGACUACUAUAAUAUGUUUACCAGCAUAUUCACCUUAACCAUGAUGAGUGUUGACAGAUAUAUUGCUGUGUGCCAUCCUGUAAAGGCCCUGGAUUUCCGUACACCUCUAAAAGCAAAAUGCAUUAAUAUAUGCAUAUGGAUGUUAUCAUCCUCUGUUGGCAUAUCUGCUAUUGUUCUUGGAGGGACAAAAAUUAGUGAUGGUUUAACUGAAUGUGCCCUACAGUUUCCGGCUCAUUACUGGUACUGGGACACUGUGAUGAAAAUGUGUGUAUUCAUCUUUGCUUUCAUAAUCCCGGUAUUUAUAAUAACAAUCUGUUAUACAUUGAUGAUCCUUCGGCUAAAAAGUGUCCGCCUUCUUUCUGGGUCACGGGAAAAGGACAGAAAUCUCCGUCGUAUCACAAGACUGGUGCUGGUCGUGGUGGCAGUGUUUAUUGUAUGCUGGACCCCAAUUCACAUUUUUGUACUGGUAGAAGCACUAGUGGAUGUACCCCAAAGCAUUGCUGUUGUGUCUAUUUAUUAUUUUUGUAUUGCACUGGGGUAUACAAACAGCAGUCUAAAUCCUAUUCUUUAUGCAUUUUUGGAUGAAAAUUUUAAAAGAUGCUUCAAAGACUUUUGCUUUCCUUCAAAACACAGACUGGAUCGUCAAGGAAACAGCAGGGUUGGGAACACGGUGCAAGAUCCAGCCUGCAACAGGGGCGGUUCUCAAAAGCCAGUAUGACUAGCAGUGGAAAUUACAUCAUUAACGCCACAAGGAACAGAAAAUGAACUGGCAUUAACUCAGAUAACUUCUGCUGUAUAAAUACUAUGUAUAUAUA